AUGUUGCUGGCAAGGGACGAAAAUGGAAGUGACCAUUACUUCAUGCUGGAACUUCUCGGAGCGGAGCUUACAGAUCACAAGACCGGAAAGAAAGUUCCAUACAUCGGGUUCAGCGAGGUGCGCGUAAAAGAAUUCACCAAUGCGCCUGGGAACAAGAAAUUCCAGACCUUUGAAUGGGCUGGCUAUCAUUGGACAAAGCAACUCAUCGGAAACCCUCUGGGCGAGGAAUACAGUGCAACAGAACUAAAGUCUAUUAUCCAAGAAUACGCCAGAGAAAUGCCCGAUUAUGAUACGACGAGGAAGGAAUUCGACGAAGAUUGGGCCUUUUUGUACCUCCCCCCAGCCACCGUACCCGAAUAA